AUGGAAAGAAUACGCAUUCAAGCACUUUUCGACGAUGAUAGACCUUGUGUUCCAACAUCUACAGACAAUCAAUUAAAUGAAAAAGGUCUAGAAAUAACUAAAGAAGAAAUCAUUCAUGCAAUAAAAGCACAGCUACCGGUGAUGACGAAAAUGGAAGCUAAAGCCUAG